AAUGCGAGGUCUCGUAAACUGUUUGUCGGCUGAUUGUGUACGCAGCACAUAAGACAUCUGGCCGUAGCCCGCUCAGACACACUUGAGCCACCAGCAGCUGUGCGACCAAUACUGAGGCGUCCAGAGUGCCAGCCAUGCAAGCUAAAGUGAUGAUUCCUGUAUUUGUGGCAUUUGUCGUGGCUGUGGCAGGUGUCUCGGCAGUCACUGCAGAUGAAUUCUUGGUCUGCCCUCUCGUGGACGACAAGGGAGUCAACGCCACACUCUUACCUAACGUCUACAACUGUUCCACAUUCUACUUGUGUUCACAGGGCGUCCCAGAACUCAUCGAAUGCCCACAUGCUCUGCACUUCAACCGCAAGCUGAACGUGUGCGACUUUCCGUGGCGUGCAGCGUGCGUCGAGCUCCCUCUCCCAGAGCCCGAAUUGCCGACUACCGAGGCCCCGCCAGCCACUGAAAGGAUUAUCAUCACGCAAGUCGUCAAGGAGAUUAUCAAGCCUGUUGACGACCAGGCACCAUCAUCAUAGGCAAUAAAAUUUGAAGAGCGACACA